AUGAAUCCCACGCGCAUGCCUUUAGAAAAAGAUAAUAAAGUAUUAACUGGCCCACGAGAUGCAUUGCAGGCACUUUGUUGCAGGUACUCAGACACGGCACAGUACCGAGUCGAGGCCCCGCCGCGGUACAGGCCGGCCAGCCCGCGCGCCUGCGACUACUGCCGCUGGCGCGCGCGCGACCAGGCGCACUACAAGGAGCACCUCAUCGCGGCGCACUCCGACCUGUUGUUCUACUGCGAGGAGUGCGACAAGUACAUCGGAAGGAAGGACUUCAUCCUGCACAUGUCGCUGCACGCCACGCAGUACACCGGCCAGGACAAGACUCUUAAACGAAAGAAAAUUAUGAAGAAAGAAGACGAUGACGAUCUAAGUAAUAGUGAACUACGAAAAAGUACAGAAGACUUAGAUUCAGCGAGCGAGAGAAUAAACAACAGCGAGAAUAGCAACCAAGAAAAUGAGUUUUCGGACCACAGCGAUAUGGAUUAUGAGUUUGGACCUCUGCCCGAGUCCGUGUUUGAAGCUAUAGAAGACUCGCAAGAUAGCCAGCUGCUGGAAAAUGAUGAAAAUAAUACUGCCGAGAAUAGCCGCGUGAGCGACGAAUCCAACAAGACGAUCCGACUUACUAUCGAAAGUAAUACUAUUAGUAACAUUAGCAAUACUAUAACCAGUACGGAGAUGCAUAGCCUCGGCAGUUGUGCGGUAACUAUAGAACAUAAUAGUACUCUGUCUGUAACUGUAAGUAGCAAUGUCAUAGCACAUGAUACAACACCUAAUGAAGAUAGUAGUAACAGUACCAGUGGUGCAAAAACACCUGACAGUACUGCCACUGCGCCAGCAAAAGAAAGCGACAACACUAAAAAGCAUUACCAGCACAAGAAGAUUCGCACAUGUCCUAUCUGCGCGAAGGUAUACACCGCGUCGUCCAGUUAUUUCUACCACAUGAAAUACUUCCAUAAAGGAAGCAGAGAACACGAAUGCGAAAUAUGUGGGAAAAAAUUCACAACUAAACCCAGUUUGACACAACACAUGGCCAUCCACAAUGGACAGUACGACUUACAGUGCAAAGUGUGUGAAAAGAAAUUUAAAUUUAAAGCAAGUCUUUAUAUACACGAACAGACUCAUAAUGGAAAAAAAGUAUGGUCGUGUAACCAAUGCCAUAGGUCGUUUAGAUGGAGAACACAUCUGACGAGACAUAUGAAAAGGCACGCGUCGGAGAAAACUCAUGUCUGUGCUAUCUGCGGCCGCGGGUUCAAUAUCCGGUGUGACUUACUGAGACAUGCGCGUACGCACACCAUAGGAAACUUCUCUUGUGAUAAAUGUGGACAGAAGUUUGCUCAACUGCGAUAUUUGAAAGUCCACAUCGCUAGGCAACAUUCAAUAAAUAUUGUGAAAGAAUCUCUGUAAAGACUGAUUUUGCUUUUAGUAAUAAUUUUGUAGUAAGUUUUAUAAAAGUCACUAAUUAAAUUCUAAUUAAGUUUAAAUCAUGCAAAUAUAUUGCAAUCAGGCUCUCUGUAUUAUGAGCAUGCUUAGAUUUUGAUAAUAGUGAAUUACAAAAAUUAAACAAAAAUUGAAUUCAACUUGUGUUUAAUUGCAUUCAAUAUACCCAUAAUAUUAAUAUCGUUCUUGAUUAAGGUCAUUGACCGUUAGGUAGGUUCCUCUUUUUUAAUGGUUUAUUAGAUCUGUUGAGAUAUUUAUGAAAUACAUAGGUAGAUAAUCGCAGUAACUCACUUUCAGAAGUAUUUAAAUAUUUAUUUUUAGUGUAUUUAAUAAAUUGUGGAAUAAUAAUAAUAAUUUAAUCACGAGUAAAUGAAUUAUUUAACAUAAUACUAUACAUGCUACAGCACAUAACCCGAAAUUACAUAACAUAAUCAUUAAAGUUACAACUUAAAAGUAAGCAUUUAAUUAAAAACUAGUCGCUAUUUUUGCUCUAACUUUUAACUUAUGUAUUAAAUUUCAAUUAAUCCCUUAGAAAAUGCAAUCUAAUUUUGGAACGAUAUGUGAUUACACCAAUACAUGUUUUACUUUAUUAUGAAAAUAUCAACAAGUUACUGUGAUUUAGAUAAUUACACUUUAAACGACAUUUUUUUCCUACACUUAUACACCACUAGCUUUUACCCGCGGCUACGCUCGCGUCACAAAAAGAUAAAAAGUAGCCUAUGUGACAUAUACACACAGCG